UAAGAGCUCAGGCACCCUUUGCUGGGAGAGGAAUCUUUCCGCCCCGGCGGUCCCGGUGCCAGGGUCCUGCCUGCGACCUCCGUCCAGGCCUGGACGCUGGAUCAACAUCUGUGACUCCACGUGUGUGCACCCGCCACAUCUGCAGUCACACAGACAGCCACCUUGGCCACAAACGCAUAAGUAGGCAGCAUAGGUGGCUCCAAGUGUACAGUGCACAUCUGUGAUCCUGCACAGCAACAUCUUGGGUCACACCUGUGAUCCCUGGCUACACAAAUUCCCCCCUACCAGCCGUGGCAACUGCAGGACGGGUCCUGAGACCACGUCUCUGACGCCAAGGGCCCCCUGGCCUCCAGACUGUCCCCGCAAGAGGGAGCAAUGGCUGCGGCUCAGGACAGGGUUGUCCAGCGGGUGCUAUUUGGGGAGUGGCUCCUGAGUGAGGUCAGCAGUGGCCGGUAUGAGGGGCUGCGGUGGCUGGACGAGACCCACACGGUUUUCCGUGUGCCCUGGAAGCACUUCGCUCGCAAGGAUCUGGGGGAGGCAGACGCACGCAUCUUCAAGGCCUGGGCCGUGGCCCGGGGCAGGUGGCCACCCAGCGGCAGUGGAGGCGACCAGCCCUCCCCGGAAGCUGAGGCUGCGGAGCGUGCUGGCUGGAAAACCAAUUUCCGCUGCGCACUGCGCAGCACCCGACGCUUCGUGAUGCUGCAGGACAACUCUGGGGACCUGGUUGACCCCCACAAAGUCUACAUGCUCAGUUCCGAGCCGGGGGACAGAGCCUCCGAAAUCCCAGCUGUCCACCCGGGGGAGGAAGAGGCCUUCAGAGCUGCCCCACCAGCACAGGGGGGAGUCCCAGGGCCAUUCCUGACAGGAGGUGCUGAGUCCCACACCCCAGGACCUCUGGCCACCAUGGGGAGUGCUGCAGGGGACCUCCCGCUGCUUGGGGUUCUGCAGCAGAGUCUCCUGGGGGGUCCCUUGCUGGAGGCUGCAUUGGGAGGAAACCUGGCCCUUCCCCAGGCUCCUGAGCACCCUGAGGAGCCCAGUGCCGCAUGGACCAUGGAGGACGUCCCCAGCCCCAGACCUCAGCACCCAGCACUGACCACGGAGCCUGGCCCGGGAGCUCUGGACGUGACCAUCAUGUACAAAGGCCGCACCGUGCUCCAGGCGGUGGUGGGGCACCCCGGCUGCGUGCUCCUGUACAACCCCACAGGCCCGGCUGCCCUGGCCACCGAGGCCCAGCCGGUCCUCUUCCCCAGCCCUGCUGAGCUCCCCGACCAGAAGCAGCUGCGCUACACAGAGGAGCUGCUGCGGCACGUGGCCCCCGGCCUGCAGCUGGAGCUGCGGGGGCUGGAACUGUGGGCCUUGCGCAUGGGCAAAUGCAAGGUGUACUGGGAGGUGGGAAGCCCGCUGGGCUCUGCCAGCCCUUCCACCCCAGCGCAGCUGCUGGAGCGCAACUGCCACACGCCCAUCUUUGACUUCAGCACCUUCUUCAGAGAACUGGGCGAGUUCCGGGCGAGACAGCGCCCGGGCUCCCCUCACUAUACCAUCUACUUGGGCUUUGGGCAGGACCUGUCUGCCAGAAGGCCCAAGGAGAAGAGCCUGAUCCUGGUGAAGCUGGAGCCGCUGCUGUGCCGCGUGCACGUGGAAGGUGUGCAGCGGGAGGGCGCGUCCUCGCUGGACAGCAGCAGCCUGGGCCUGUGCCUGUCCAGCACCAACAGCCUCUACGACGACCUGGAGCACUUCCUCCUGACUUGGAGCGGCGGGCCCAGGCCGGCCGCUACCUCCCCUCAAUAAAGAGCAAGCCAGUGCUGUCAUGGUGGACGCUUCUCCCCGAGCAGCUGGCUGGCUAACGGCGCUGA